UUGGCGGGGAGAAAGAAAUCUGCAAACUUUUUGAAAAGCGACGUGGGGAUGCAGGAGCACCUUCAAUAUUAUUUCAGUUCUGACCCUCUCUCCCCACUGACCAGGGGGCGGUGUGCCAUGGGCUGGGAUUGAACCGUGAGCUUCAGGCGUGGCCAGGCUGGGCUCCCUAUAUAAGGAACCUGAGCAGCUCCAUCCCUGCAGUGGGCUCGCCUUAAGUCACAGCGGCAUGUCUUCCUACCGUGUGAGCACCGCCUCUUCCAAGAGGAGUUUCGGGGGAGCCUCCAUCUCCCCUAUCUCCGGCUCCCGGCUGCUCAGCUCGCCUGCAGCUUUCCUGAGGACCAGCACCGGCUCCUACCGGCCCCGGUCCAGCACCCCAGCCGCCAGGAGUUACCUGGACAGGGCGGACUUCUCAGUCGCCGAUGCCCUCAGCCAGGAGUUCCUGACCACCCGGACCAGCGAGAAGGUGCAGCUGCAGGAACUGAACGACCGCUUCGCCAAUUUCAUCGACAAAGUGAGGGGCUUGGAGCAGCAGAACGCGGUGCUACUGGCCGAGCUGAGGCAGCUCCGAGCGAAGGAGCCGAGCCGAGCCGGGGAGGUCUAUCUGCAGGAGGUCAGGGAGCUGAAGAGACAGCUGGAGCUGGUGGUCAAGGACAAGGACCGGAUCCAGAUGGAGAAAGAGAACUUACUGGAUGAUCUCCAGAGCUGCAGACAACGGUUGGAAGAGGAAGCUCAGAAGAGGGAGGAUGCUGAGAGUAAUCUGUUACUGUUCAGGAAGGAUGUGGAUGAUGCGACUUUGACUCGGCUGGAGCUGGAGAGAAAGGUGGAAUCUCUGCUAGACGAGAUCGAGUUUCUCAAGAAGAUACACAAUGAGGAGCUGCGGGACCUGCAGGCGAACAUGCAGGCUUCACAGCUACAGCUCGAGAUGGAAGUGGUAAAGCCUGACCUGACUGCAGCUCUGAAAGAGAUCCGCACCCAGUACGAAACCAUUGCCACCAAGAACGUGCAGGAAGCUGAAGAGUGGUACAAGUCUAAGUUCACUGACCUGACCGAAGCCGCCAACCGACACAAUGAAACCCUGAGACAGACAAAGCAGGACCUGAAUGAGUCGCGGCGUCAAAUCCAGACCCUGACCUGUGACCUGGAUGCCCUGAGAGGAACCAACGACUCCCUGCUGAGGCAGCUCCGGGAAUUGGAGGAGCAGUUCUCCGUUGAAGCGUCUGGUUACCAGGAUACCAUUGCCCGGCUGGAGCAAGAGGUUCAUCACAUGAAGGAUGAGAUGGCGAGACACCUGAGAGAGUACCAGGACCUGCUCAAUGUCAAGAUGGCGCUGGAUAUCGAAAUCGCCACCUACAGGAAACUUCUGGAAGGGGAAGAGAGCAGGAUUGCAGUCCCAGUUCAAUCCUUUACUUCCCUGAGCCUCAGAGAUUACGAUCUCAGUUCGGAGAUUCCGAGCAGGAAGACAGUGUUAAUCAAAACCAUUGAGACACAGGACGGAGAGGUGAUAAAUGAAUCCAGGAAGGAGCGACAGAACGAGCAAGAGCAUUGAAUCCGGGGCAGCCUGGAGACGGUUUGCAUUUGGAAGCGGAAGAGAGUUCUGAUUUUCCGUUUGCCCGAAGUUUUCCAUUUCCCACUCCCUUUCUGUUCAGAGGUCGAAAGUUCCAAAUCAGUUCCUUGUCCUCUAACCCCAGGAGUCGCACUCAAUUGCAGCGAGCGAAUCGAACGCCUGAUACGCUCUCUUUCAAUUCAAACACUGCCUCAUUUCCUUAUUCAAACCCUGGUUGGAUAUAACUCACCAGGGGCUGGUCUCCUGUCACCGAGUCACCCUUUAUUUACACGCACAGAGUCCCUGACACUGAUCCAGCUCCCUCAGAGCCAGCACUGAGUGAACAG